AUGGCGGAGCUGCGGGCCUGGGCAGGAUCCAGUGAGUUCCGCAGGGCCCCAAUCCGCACUGCGUCCCACAGGGUCCCCACCAGCACUGCCAUGCCCGUCAGGGCGAGCCAGAGGUGCCAGGAGCAAGAGCCAAAUACCAGCGAGGCGUCGCACAGUGGAAGUGCACAGGUUGUCAAAUUGUAUAACCCACUUGGAGAUGUGAGAAGAGCCAAAUCACACACUUCAUGUCCCGCCCCUGAGGAGAAGAGAACAAAGCCCACGAAGCCUGCAGAGAAUGAACAGAAGCCUUGCAGUGCUGUUUAUCGGCGACCCUACAGGGACAGGGUGAUUCAUUUACUUGCUCUGAGGACUUACAAGAAGCCAGAGUUACUUGCUCGCUUGCAGAGAGAUGGAGUCAUGCAAAAGGACAAGGGCACCCUUGCCAAGAUCCUUCAGCAGGUAGCCAAGUGGAAUGCAAAGGAUAAUUCCUUCAGUCUGAAGGAACAUCUAUUUCAAACCCUUCAGACUGAUUGGCCUGGCUACACAGAAAUAGACAGACAGAAGCUGAAGUUAAUACUUUCUCGAAAAUCAGCUCCAUCUCAGAACACCACCAACACCAGUCAAGCGUUAUCUCCAGGGCCUUCUGAGAGAGAUGCUGCAGUAAGACCUGCUCAGAAACGGCCUCUGGCUUCUGACUGUACCAGUCCUGUGACGAGCAAGAAGAGGAGAAUUGGCCACCAGCCCAGUCCUGUCCAGCCAGCAGCUGGUGGCCACUUUCCUUCCUUCCUGCUGCCUUCCACAUCUCUGUUCUCUUCGGACAUGUCUCCAAGUGCCGGCUCUGUUUCCCCGUGCACCCAUGUGGUGCAGCAAACAGAGAAAUUUCGGAGCUCCAGCAUCCCAAAAAGUGCCAGGGAGCAGAAGGAGAUCCCCAACUCAAGCGGGGAGAAAAAUGAACUGGGGAGGCUGAAGCAGUGGCACCGCCUGGAUUUCGAUGAAGGAGCAAGAAAAGAGACUUCCAUUGCCUCCACAUGCUCUGCAAUAAGCGACCAACCAGACUACUUGAGAAAAUACGUAGCCAUUGUCUCCUUGGAGCAACGCCAGCGCUACAAGGAUGACUUCAAUGCAGAGCAUGAGGAAUACCGGAAUUUACACUCUGUGAUUGACAAGACCACAAAGAAAUUCAGACAGUUUCAGGAGCAAUGGAAGUCUCUGACUCCAGGCUCUGAAGCCUAUCAGAGGCUGCAUCAUCAAAUCCUAGCAGAUUAUCAGCAGCUACAACAGGGUAGCCCCAGCUACUCUGAAAUGAAGAGCAGGUGCCAGUACCUCCACAAAAAGCUGGCCCAUAUUCAGAGGCGCAUUUCUGAAUAUGACCAGCAGUGAGUGGAGUCCUGGCACCAGACAUCUGCUUCAGCCUCGUGACAUCUGCAGACCCCAGAUUUUUUAUUUCAACUAGAAGAUUAAGUUUUAGGAUUUUUUAAGUUAGUA